UCUAUGCAUUAAAAAUAGCCCAAUGCUUAGCCAGACUUUGAAAUUAUUUCAUUAUUAAAACAAGCGUAGCCAAAAACGCACAAAAUAAUUCCGUACUUUUAAUUUAAUUUCAAUUUAAAACAUGAAGACGCUCAAUCAAAUUUACAAAACUUUAAAGGGAUACAAAAUCAUCGGAUACAGUAGCAAAACCAAUUUGUUUGGACUAAAUCCGUUGGUGAUCUCUGUAUUCUACAUCGUUUUAACGGAAGCGAUUAUUUCGCAUUUACGACGGUUUAUUAAAAACAGUUUUGCAGAUGGGUUAGUUAGACAAUUAGUUUUAGAAUUUAUUGCAACGGCCGAAUUAUGCGCGACUUGUUUUGAAUUAAUCAUAGUUGCUGAUAAUUAUGGCGUUGUUAUGUACGGAUUAUUCCUAUUUUUAUUAACGGUGUGGUGGUCGUUUAAUUGGGAGGACUCCUCGGCGUGUCCCUAUAUUCCAAUCGAAGAAAUUUUUGAGCGGAAACGCAACAUUUUCAUCGGAUUUUUAGUGAUAGGGGCCCAAAUUUUAGGUGGCUUAUCCAUAUUUAGAUACAUUCAAAUACUAUGGUCUUUAGAGUUAGUUGAAACACACCAAGGUAGAGCUUUCGAGGAAUGCUCGACGGAUCUUCAAGUUUCCGUUAUAUUAGGUUCCAUAAUCGAGGGAAUCGCAACGUGUAUUUGUAGGAUUUUCUCGAGGAUUUUAGGCGAAACUAACUCGCGAAUGGGUAACAUUUUGGACGCUUUCAUCGGCACGCUUAUGGUCGUUGCUGCUUUUAAUUAUUCUGGGGGGUAUUUUAAUCCCGCACUCGCAACCUCUUUAAAAUACGGAUGCAAAGGUAACACCAUACCAGAACACAUGUUGGUUUAUUGGUUAGGCCCCACGAUUGGGGCGAUUUUUUCCGUUUUUAUUUUUAAUUCGAAACCGAUUCAAAAUAUCGUUAAGAUUCUUACCGGUAAACGCGAUUAAAUGCGACUUUAAAUUCAAUUUGUCUUCUUUGAGAUUAAAAGAUAAAAACACUGCCUUUUAUUGUGAAUAUGGAAUGUUCUCUUUUUUAUUAAUUAUUUUAAAUAAUUAAUUUUUGGUUGUGAUUAAUUUUAUUGUUGUAAAUAGUAGGGGAUUAUUUCUAGUCGAAAUUGUGAUUUUUAAGUUAUUAAAUAUUUUUAAACUUGA